AUGCAAAUGAAAGAAAAACCAACAACUUUCAGCAGUCAAAAACAAAUUUCUUAUCGUAAAAUUAAAAAAGAUAGCAAAAAAUCUUAUUCGACGAGUUCAGGUUCACAAACUAAAUUAUUCUCAAAUUCAAAUUCAUUUUCAGAUACAAAUUUAUCCCUGAGAUCGGAUCAUUAUUCAGAAAACGAAAACUCUAGUCCUGAGAAAGAAUCUAACUUCGAUAAAUCUCAAGAUAUUGAUAAAAUUUUGUUUCAAAAUUUAAACAAAUCAGAAAAUAAAACAGUCAGUUUCAAAAAAUCAAUUUACUUUAAUCCCUCAAAAGAUAACACUUCAAAAGAUCUUAAAAUUAAUGAAAGAGAAAACAAUCCUAAAGAAUCAUCAGAAUCAUCUCAUCAAAUUGAUAAAUUUAAAUUAAUUUAUUUCGUAGUUAUAAAUCAAAGAUAUUUUUUAAUACCUGGUGUAAAGUGGUUAAUUAAUAAAGCAAAAGGAAAUUAA